AUGGCCACCGCGACUACAACUACGAACGCAAAGCCCGCUCAGUUCAAUCUUGGGCCUCUAACGACCCCAUUCGUAGCGCCCAGCUAUUGCAACGACGUCAUUUCCAAAUGCGAUAAUUGUACAUACGGCUGGCUCGCUCAGACAUGCGAUGGCGACGGCCGCAAGAGCCAGAUAGACGAUUCCGCGUGCUGGCCACCAACCGCUUUCUAUGCACGAUCAACAUCUCAACCAUUCGCUGGCUGGGGUUUCUACUCUCCAGGCACUAUAUGCCCCAGUGGAUAUACGCCGAGCUGUUCGAGUACCGCUGGGCAGGCUGAUCCUCAAGCAUUUGACUUUCAAUUCAGCUUGUCUUUGCUAGAAACCGCCGUCGGAUGCUGUCCAACAGGAUUUACUUGUACUCAUACAUGGGACUCGAAUAUACAAACCUGCUUGGCUAUAUUGAGUUCCACCUCGAUUCGUACGGGGAUUUGUAAUGGCCAAGGAGCGACUAGCGUGGCAUAUAUGUACAAGACAUUGCCUUCUACCAUUAGUACCACCGUGAGCCUUUCUGAUGGUACCGAUUUCAUCACCUCCAGCUCUGUUAUCGACAAGUACACCGUCUACGCGCCAUUAUUUCAGCUCGUACAUAAAUCGUCAGACUUGACAGGCUCUCCAACAGUGUCUACCGCUACCAUUUUGCCUACAAGUACCUCGAACACGACCGGUGGGGAUUCAUCUCAGGACGCCACAGACCGUAUACCGACCAGUGUAGCUGUGGGCAUCGGUAUUGGAGGGACCUCAGGCUUCAUCAUUCUCCUUGUCUUGGCGUAUUAUACAUUGAGAUGGAAGCGUAAAAGGGACGCAAACAGCAAUUCACAAAUAUAUCCGCCACCCAAGUCUGACUCGAAUGUUGAGGGCCUUUUAUCGACAGAUUUCACCCUCACUUAUUUAGAGCUUUCUGGUCAGGCGCGUUCCGAGCUCUCGGCGCAAACGCCAGGAUCGCGAGAACUAUCUGGUCAUUCUCGGCCGGUUGAGCUCGCAAACUGGCCACAAAGGUAG